GGGGUGGGAAACCCUUCGCGUGUAGUGAGUGUGGGAAGGCCUACACUCAGCAGUAUCAGCUCACUGAACACAUGCGAAUCCACAGUGGGGAGAAGCCCUUCCAGUGUCCGGAGUGUGACAAGAGCUUCUCCUGGAAGGCCUCCAUGCAGUCCCACCAGUGGCUGCACAGGGGCGAGAAGCCCUUCGUGUGUAGCGAGUGUGGGAAGGCCUACACGCAGCAGUAUCGGCUCACGGAGCACAUGCGGACCCACAGUGGGGAGAAGCCCUUCCAGUGUCCGGAGUGUGACAAGAGCUUCUGCACAAGGGGAAGUUUGAGGGUCCAUUUGCUCACGCACGAUGGACAGAAGAAGCCCUUCACGUGUCCUGACUGUGGCAAAGGCUUCCUCCAAAAAAGACGUUUGGAAACCCAUCUGCACAAGCACAGAGGGGAGAGGCCUUUUUCUUGUGAUGAGUGUGGAAGGAGCUUUACAUACACGGGGGCACUUGACACCCAUAUUGCUGCAGUACACGCCAGGGAAAAACCCUUCAGUCUCUAGUGCAGUCAGUGUAAGAAGAGCUACUUUGUGAAGUGCAGACUGAUCGCUCACCAGGCCGUGCACAUGGGGCAGCGGCCCUUCCAGUGCCCCAAAUGUGACAAGACCUUCCGGUAUAAAGCCAUUUUGAAGAAGCAUCAGUGUUUGCACAAAGGGGAGAGGCCAUUUUCCUGUCAGGAGUCUGGCAAGAGCAUUACCCGGACCUCUAAGCUCUCGUGUCACAGCAGAGUCCACAACGGGCAAAAGGACCUCUCUAGUGCUGAGUGCAAAGAGACCUUUCCUCAGCAGUGUAGGCUCAGGGAGCAGCUCAGGGUCCACAGCAAGGAAAAGCCAUUCUCCUGCGCCGAGUGCAGCCGGAGCUUCUGCCACCACUCGGACCUCACUGAGCACAAGAGGCUUCACACUGGGGAGAAGCCAUUCCAGUGUCCAGAGUGCGGCAAAAGCUUUCCCCAGAAGGCUGCCAUGAAGGCCCACCAGAGGAUACACAGUAGGAAGAAGCUAUUUUCUUGUGACCAAUGUGAUAAGAAAUUCACCCAGAAGACCAAACUCACUGAGCACGUCACAGUUCAUACGGGAGAGAAGCCCUUCCCAUGUCCGGAGUGUAAGAAAAGUUUCCGCCUAAAAAGAAGCCUAAAAGCUCACCUGUUUCUGCACACUGGGAAGAAGCCCUUCCCAUGUCCGGAGUGUGGGAGGACCUUCUCC